ACAAGACACACUCAUGCGUAGGCGGAGCGUUCUGGAGAGGAAUGAGAGAAGGUUUUUUGUUGACCGGCGUAAACCAGGAAGUUUCGUGACUUUUCGAAAAGUUACUUUUUCUUCUUUUAGGAUUUUUAGCAACUUUUUGGCUUCAUCCACAAACUUGCUUGAAGUUGGUUGGAAGCGGGGAAGGACUGCUUAAUAUGAUGAACUCAGCAGGCUGUAAAGUGGAAGCUUUGAAGAUGGACCCGUUUUUGGUUUUACUGAAUUCAUUAUCGAUCAGCAUAUCUCCAGAUGAGCUUUCUAAUCUCAAGUUUCUGUGCCAGUCAAAAAUUGGUAAAGGAAAGCUACAAGCUGUGACAAGGGGCACUGAUCUCUUCAGUAUUCUUCUUGAACAGCAAGUCAUUACACCAAAUAAUGUAGACUUUUUGAGAAUGAUGUUCCAAAGUCUGAAAAGAGAAGAUCUGCUAACACAACUUGAGCAGUUUGAAGAAGCUGGAGAAGAUGAUCCUGCUGGGCAACUAGAUGUCGAAGAAAAACGCAAGUUGGAGAGAGCUUUUGAAGUGAUAUGUGACAGUGUUGGAAAAAACUGGAGAAUGCUGAUUCGAAAACUUGGAAUUUCAGAUGUCAAACUAGAUCGAAUUGUGACUGCCAAUCCAUACAAUUUAGAGGAACAAUUGAUGCAAUCCCUUCUUGCAUGGAAGAAAUUAAAAGGAAAAGAAGCUAAGGCUGACGACAUAGUAAAAGCCCUCAGGGCCUGUAAAAUGAAUCUAGUGGCAGACAAAAUUGAAGAUGCUGUUCGUCUGGUCAUCUGAAAUGCAAUACAAUCACUGUGAAGAAAACUUUACUGAAAUAUUAAAUGAAAAAUAAGUAGGAAAACAGUUCUGGUAGAAUUCUCUGCACAUGAUGCAUUUGUACGUAUACUUGCUUGCUUUGCAUACAGUGAAAUUAAGACUACUUUAGUUCUCUGCCAAGGUUGCCUAAGUUGGAUACCUGUGGAAUUUCAAGCACAAACUUUAUACAUGUUAAGGUAAAGUAUUUGUAGUUCUAUUUUUAAAAAUUAAGAUAAAUUCUCUAUUAAUCCUCUUGGAGGGCAGAACAGAGGGGAAUGCAACCAAGACAUGUGAAGAAGACAGUUUGUAAUACAUGAAUGGUAAUGGACUGAAAGAAACAGUUCUGUAAAAUAUUGUUCCAAAUAUUAUUUUAUGUGUGAGAUUGUGAACAAGCCCCUUGUUUUAUAUGAUUAGGGGGUGUAAAUUGCUUUCUUUCAACCUUCAGUGAAUUUUUGAACUUGAAUGUUGUAGAAUUGUUUUUGAUAUUGGUCAAACUGAUGUGUUUGAGAGCCACCUGCCAAAAUAGGCUCUUCAUUUAUAUGUAUGAAAAUUUAAAGUCAUUCAACACUUUUUUCAGUUGGUAGAAGUCAACCUGUCUCUGUACAUAUUACUUUUUGUAUUUAUGAUUUAGAUGACAUAAAUUGUGUGAAUUUUUCUUUAAAAAAGACUAGUUUUUGGUUAGUCAUAAAUCUUGUUCUUGAUUUGAGUUCUUCACCUGUUAGAAAAAUAACCUUUGCAGGUUUCUCAGUACCAACAUAAAGGAUCUUGACUUUCUCAUCAAACAAGUAUAUAAACAUCUGAAAGCGGUUUUUUCUUUCAUAAUCGCACUUUAGGGAGACAUAUUUACCAAUUCUGAUAUAUUUACUAAGGGUAGGGGUAAAUAUAGCAAUGCUUCACCCUAUGGAAGAAGCCUGUUAUCCUACUUUUAAUGAAAGAGUGGUACUUUAUAUGGAGUGAAAGUGUAGCAGAGCUCCUGAACCAGCAAGUAUAUGCCUUGUUCCAACCUUGCCUUUGCUAGAAACUCACUUGCUGACCUUAAGCCAACCUCUCCUUCCCUGUCUUCAAGUUGGGAAUAAUAAUAUUGUCUUGCUUUGCGAAGUUGUUGCAAGGACCUCUGAAAUAGUUUAUGAUCCGAUGAACUACAGUAUAAUCUAAAUACUACAUGUAUUGUGCCUAUUUUUGACAACAUAAAAAAAUCUAACCAGA